CUGGGUUGGGGGGGUGAAAGCUGUUUAAAGCACCCAGUCUUCGUAACCACCGCAGUGCUUCGCUUGAAAAAAAAAAAAAAAAAAAAGGCUUUAAUCUCAGCGCCCUUGAAGCUCCGGACGGGUCUGCUUUCUUCCCCAGAGGAGAGCUGCUGUGGCGGCGUGUUAAUAAGAAGCUCCCCGGUCGGUGCCCUUGUUUAUUGCCGCAGUCAGCUCUGCUUGUCGGUGUGUGUAUGUGUGUGUAUCUGCGUGGUUGUGUCAGCUGGAGCCUACGUGCGAACUCACUUGGGCGGUGAUGUAAAGCGGCACGUAGUCGGCAGGGGCCGCGUAUCUGACUCCCGUGAUCAAAAUAGUCCCGGGAGGAGAGUUGCGCUCUUGGGGAGGAGGAGGUCGGUUGUUAACACUGCUGAUUUUUAUCGCUCCUUUGCGGAUCUUACGCAGCUGUAAUUGCGGGACAUGACGUUAGACUGAACGGCACAAGAAGGAGACUACAGGGGAGGGUGAAAGGACGUGAUUAAUCCGAGGCUCGGGUUCCCCGCAGCAGCAGGGAUUAGGACCGUCGGGCUCUAGCAUGGAUAAAACUUUGCGCCUUCUCCCGGAACCCGACGUCUGCGUCUCGACCGGGUUCUCCCUGAACGUGAGCCUGAACAUGGACGACGGGGAGGACUUCGCGGAUCGAGCGAUCGAGGGGCUUUCGGACAAAAUCCCCGUGGUGAAACCUUACUUCAAGAAGAAGCAGAGGAAGCUGGACGCGAAAUGCAUCCUGAAUCCGGCUCUGAUGUCUCUGAUGAGGAACGGGCUGGCGUUCCGGGACGGGGUGUUCGUUCCCAGGAACCACCAGCCUGUCCGGACGCCGAGCAGCCUGUGCGCCACGGCCGUGGUGAAGCAGGGCUGCGUCGGACAGGUGUGCCUCAAAGACUCGGGCGCCGAGGAAGGGGAGGAGGACGGGGGAGAGGAGGYCACGGCUGCGGCCGGGGUUCAGGCUCUGAUGAGCCGGGACGGCGAUGUGGAAAUAGCGGAUACUACUGCGGAGCUGGAGGAGACGGAGCGGCGAGGGGAGCGACCCAAGCUCGGCGCCUCCGGCUCGGACUGCUUUAAGCUGAAAGCCGGCCUCAGGUCGGCGGGGAGCGGAGAGACAAUCACCCCCUCCGACAGGGAUUUACCUCCCAUAGCUACACCCCCGCAGGCUCCGCACCAGGAGGGGGCCAUUAAAAGCAAGGACCUCCUAACCUCUGGGGCUAAAAGUGUUUCAGUGAAGGACUACUCUGCCACCCAGGACCCCCUCCUCCUGCAGCCGGACAAAGGGGUCCUGUUCCAGAACAAAAGUGAGGAAGCCUCCCUGGACCUGGUGUUCGAGCUGCUCACCCAGCUGCAGUACCACACGCACCAGUCAGACUCGGUGGACAUCUGCGUGGAUUUCCUGCAGGGCCAGUGUGUUUAUGGGAAUGACUGCGCCCACCACCACACCGUCCUCCCCUACCACUGGCAGAUCCGCAGGAGCAGCUCCCAGACAUGGCAGAGCAUAGCAGACGACUCCCAGGAGCAGCUGGAGAGGCUCUACUGCAACCCAGACAACGAGCAGAUCAGCCUCAAAUAUCAGGGCCAAGUGUUUACCCUCAACUUUGGCACGAUGCGAGUGAGUGACCUGAUGCGAUGCGACCUGGAGUUCGACUGCGUCCGGCGGCUGACCACGCCCCCCAGCCCUCUGCCCAUGCCUGCGACCAACCCAAACCCCACCCCCAGCUGUUACACGGUGUGGAAGUACUACUGCAGAGACAACUUUGGCUGGAGGGAGUACUCUGAGCCGGUGGUAAAGCUCAUCGAGGAGGCCAGCUUGAGGGGUCUGAAGGAGGUGCGCUUCAUCACGCUGCAGAACCAGUAUAUCCUCAACAUCAAGGAGGGCUUCCAGCAGAAUGCCGUCUUCGGCUUCCGGCGGCAGAUCAAGAAGAGGCCCAUGUUCAUGUCAUCUGUGAUGCUCACGCCGCACCUACAAACCUUGGGUGGCCUCUCCUCCUCCUCCUCAUCUUCCACUUCGGUCUCCACGUCCUUGGACGCCUCACAGCCGCUGUCGCCAACCACCGCCAACCCUCCCAGCCUCUUUCCAGAAACGUGGCUGCYGAUGGCGACGAGCCAGGACUUCCUGCGGGUGCCCGUGUCCCGUGAAGACCGCAGCUACCGCACGGUGCACAGCCUGUUCCACAAGACGGUGUCCGAAACCAAGUUCAGGAUCAUCAAGAUCCAACGUGUGCAAAACCCCUUCCUCUGGGAGAAAUACAAGAGGAAGAAGGAGUACAUGUCGCGCCGCCUGUCGGAGAUGGACCGCCUCCUGAGCGAGCGACACCUCUUCCACGGCACCUCGGCCGACGUGGUCGACGGCAUCUGCAAGCACAACUUCGACCCCAGGGUUUGCGGCAAGCACGCCACCAUGUUCGGCCAGGGCUCCUACUUCGCCCGCAAGGCCGUCUACUCCCACAAUUUCUCCAAGCGCUCGCCCAAAGGAGUCCACUGCAUGUUCUUGGCCAAAGUCCUCACUGGCAGGUUUACCGUAGGAAAUCCCUCCAUGCGACGACCUCCGCCCAUCAACCCCCGAGACCCCUCUAGUGACCUUUUUGACUCCUGUGUAGACAACUGGGUGGACCCUCAGAUCUAUGUCAUCUUCAACGAUGACCAGAGCUACCCGUACUUUAUCAUUCACUACGAGGAGGUACCCAACACGGUCGCCAUAUGAGUGCCGCAUCAGAACCAGAACCUGGUGUUAAGGAUUUGACAAAAGAAAAAAAAGAAAAAACAAAAGGAAAAAAACGCUCCUCCGUUCAGUCUGUCUGCACACAGUCGGGGGGUUAACGGAGUGGAGUUUGGUCGAAUACAAAAAAGGACAAAUUAAGACCUGAGUUGGAAACGGCUCCACUGGAAUAACUUCACUCAUGUUGUACUUGAAGCAGGUGAAAUCAGACCAUAAAAACAGUGAUCCAGCUCUGUGGUUGACUGGAUCCUAAAAGACCAGAUUCAACUGGACACAACUGGAUUAGCAGAGGACAGAACCCAGUUUUUUAUUUUGGCUUUUAGAGGUUGAUGGAAUGAGUGGACUUGCUUAAUUUUAACUGGUUUGAGGCAGGAACCCAGUGAUGUUUAUCACUUCUUCUUCUUCUUCUUCUUCUUUUUUUUUUUUUUUUUUUUUUUUUUUUUUUUGGAGCAGAUU